AUGUCUACACCAGAAGAUAUCAAAAACUCUCUGGAGGAAAAUAUAAAUCCAGAAGAAAAAUCUGACACGAUCGAAAAUGACUUGCCAUUGGAAAAACUAUUAAAAUUAUCAAAAUCAUUCAAGACUGGCGUCGAUGAAAAUUUGAAUAAAUUUAAGAAUGAAAAAAUGUCUAUGAUUAACGAAAUGUCUAGUAUGAAUUGUACACUAAUACCAAAUGAAAAACAUAUCGAAAUAAAUGAAUCUAAAAAGCGAUCACUGGAUAAACCCAAUAAGGAGGAUUCCGAAGAUUUGAUAUUGGGAGAAAACUAUAAAACGGAAAAAGAAAACGAUGGUAUGUGUACACCGCCUGUAGAAAAUAAAACCAGUGAACUGCAAAGUAUAAACUUUGAUCAAACUAGCAAUGAAAAAAUGAAUUAUCUUAAGAAGGCCCUCGAAGUAGAAAACAAAUGCCAAUAUUGGAUGGAUAAAUAUGAUGAACUACACGAUAAAUAUUUACUACUGGAAUCCAAACGUGUUCACAUCGAAAAAGAAAAUUGUAAUUAUCAGAUGGAAAUUUCAAGAAUUAAAAUGAUUGAAAAUGAAAAUUCGCGUCUUAUCCAAGCAAUAGAUAAAUCGAAUCGAGUUCGUAAGGAAUUAGAAAUCGCACUAGAAUCAUGCCAUGAAGUUGUUUAUAAAUAUCAAACAGACGUGGAAGUCGCCAGGCAUAAAGUUGAAGAAGCAAUUAAAAUGGUAGAAAAAACCUAUUCAGAAAAGGAUAAACUUUUAACGGAUUUAAAAGAAUCAAAUGAAAAAAUUGAAAUAUUAGAAAAUGAGCUAUCAAAUGUAAUACAAGAAGCGGGUAAAAAAGUCAGUUCAGCAGUAGAAAAGGUGAAAACUAUGUAUAAAGACAAAUUACGUGAGGCUAAUGUUGAAAUUGAGUUCCUACGUACGGAAAAACAAAUUAUGUUAAAUAAAAACCAACAGAUAUCAAGUGAGUAUGAAAUUAUAAAUAAGAAGUUUAAAUCUAUCAAUCAGAAGUGCGAGAAUGAGUCAGAUGUAUACUCUAAGAAAGAGACAAUAUUUGCUCAAAAAGUUAAAGAGUAUGAAGUCACAAUCGACAAUUUAAUAGCAGAUGUUAAAAUUCUAAAAGAAACAAAUAAACAACUACAAGAGAGGAAACGACCAGAAAACAAUUUGGAACAAAAAGAAAUGCAAAUUAACGAACUUAUUAAACACGUGGACGCACAAAAACAAAUGAUAGAGAUGUGGAGAAAAGAAAUGUACAAUAUUAUAAAAGCAUUCAAACACAAAAUCAACGAACUAAAACAUCGCAGCAGUAAACUUUAUAAGAAAAAUAGAAAAUUAAGACGAAUAAUAGAUAAUUCAAAACCUCAUUAUUCGAUUAUAAAAAAAAAACUAUUGCUCAAUAGAAGGAGGAAUAAAAAGUAUGAGAAAUAUUUAAUAAUACAAUCUAUAAAGAUACGUUUAUUAUCCACUAAAAUUUUAUAUUGCUUUUUUUUUUAGAUCAAAUAUUUCUUCAAUUUCAACGUCAACGUAAUCCACUGUGAUAGAUAAUGAUCGAAUAUAUUAUUAUAAAUCAAAUAUUAAACUGUUUA